AGCCUAGGGUAUUCUCUCUAAUUCCGCUGCACCCUACGCUCUGCUUUUCCGCCCACAUCUUCUUCUUCUUCCUCUAUUUUUUCUUUUCUCUUCUCACCGGCAGUUUCUAUGGGGGAGUCUAAAUCGUCCUUCCAUCCGGCUCUUGCUGUUUCUAAUAUCAAGAACAAUAUUCCCAUCACUCUUGAGAUGGAAAAUGUUCAAUAUUCUACGUGGGCGGAAUUAUUCAAGGUUCACGCAAAAUCAAACAAGGUUCUUCACCAUAUCAUUCCUUCGGCCAAGGGCAAGGAGCAACCUCCUCCAUCUACGGAUGCGGAAACGGAAUUGUGGGCAACCUUGGAUGCCACGGUUCUUUCGUGGAUUUAUUCUACUAUUUCUCGUGAUUUGUUGAACACCAUUAUUGAGCCCGACUCUACGGCUAUGGAAGCUUGGGAUAGGUUGCGUGACAUAUUCCAAGAUAAUGAACAUUCUCGUGCCGUGGCUUUGGAACAAGAAUUCUCCACCACUUCUAUGGAGGAUUUCCCAAAUGUUUCAUCUUAUUGUCAACGUCUCAAAUCCCUUGCGGAUCAAUUGAAGAAUGUUGGGGCUCCGGUGUCCGAUAGUAGAAUGGUUUUACAAUUGGUUGGAGGUCUUACUCGGCCGUACCGAGGUGUGGGUACGUUGAUUCGCCAAAGUAAUCCUCUGCCUCCUUUUUACAAGGCUCGAUCCAUGCUCACUUUAGAAGAAGCUGGGUUAGCAAAAGAAGCAGCCACUGAGUCUGCUAUGGUGGCCUCGAGUGAUGGUGGUCCAAACCAUGGAGAUAAACAGGGUCACAACAAAGGCAAGAAUAAUUCUGGCCGGCGCAACAACAACGGUGGCCGGAAAAAUUCGGGUACAGGUGGUGGCAAGAACUCCGCCGGCAACAAGGGUGGUGGCCGGGACCAGCAGUCCGGCGGCCACGGUGGACCGCAGCACCAGUCACAGUGGCAGCAACAGCAGCCUGCGGGAUCAGCUCCAUGGGGCUGGUACAAUCACGGCUGGCCCAUCCCUCCUUGCCCCUACCCAACGCAAGGAUGGGCCAGGCCUCCUGCUCCACAGCAGCCUCGUCAGGCCGGUUUACUUGGGCCCAGACCUCAGCAGGCCUAUUUCCAGCAAGCAGGGGCGUCCAAUCCACAGCAGGGGCAGUUCGGUUCUUACACACCUACGGAUAUCGAGGCAGCUAUGCACACGAUGUCGCUUCAAAUGCCCGACCCAUCGUGGUACAUGGAUACCGGUGCUACCUCUCAUAUGACGUCUUCUACUGGAAUUUCGGACGGGGAGGCCAAUCAUGAGAUGUGAUAGUCAUGGUGAUCUUUAUCCAUUUUCACCUUCUUACAACAAUCAACCUUCCUCGUUUGCUGCUAUUUCACCUCAAAUAUGGCAUGACCGCUUGGGUCAUCCGGGGGCACCUAUUUUAGAUUUGCUUAGGAAAAAUAAAGGCAUUGAUUGUAAAAAAACACUCUAGUUCAAGUAUUUGUAGCUCUUGUGUUUUUGGGAAACAAACUAAGUUGCCAUUUAUUUCUUCCUCUUCUAGCACUACUAUGCCAUUUGAUAUAUUACAUAGUGAUCUUUGGACAUCUCCUGUUUUGAGUUCUGCGGGACAUCGAUAUUAUGUUUUGUUUCUUGAUGAUUUUUCAAAGUAUUUAUGGACUUUUCCAUUGGGUAGAAAAUCUGAUGUUUAUG